UUGGUGUCCUGCUGUCGUCGUUGCUAGGCGAGUCCUCCAUAACCUAUAUAGUUCUGCUAUAUAGUUAACCAGUCUAUUUCUUUUUGUUGCCGUAGUACCUCAACCUGAGACUGGGAAUUUCCGUUAUGUCACAGUAACACGCGAGAUUGUUAACACAGCUUUAAGUGUCAGUUGCAUUUGUUUGAAUGUUUUAUUGGCAUAUUGAAGAAAAAUGUCAAUUGCAGCAAGUAGAUCUUUGUUAUCGUGUCUUUUAAGGAAUAGUAAUAAAACAUAUGCCAAAUAUUUAAUCAAUGUGCGAUUUAAAUCCGAACAUUCAGAUAAAAAGCAUGCCUCAAAUGAAUCAAAUAUGAUUGAAAGAGCUGUUUUAAAAAAAUUUUCAGAAAAACUUCAUAUAGAAAGUGUUGAUUCACCUAAAAAAUUGCAGUCCACAGAGGUUCUCAUUGAUGUUAAUUACUGUGCGUUGAAUGGACCAGAUGUACUUUUGUGUGAAAAUUUAUAUUCUUAUAAACCAAAAUUACCAUUUGUGCCUGGCUAUGAAGUUUGUGGAAAACUUGUUGAAAUUAGUGAAGGAGCUAGAAAAGCUGGUUUCAAUGUUGGAGACAAAGUUGUUGCACUCAACAAAGAAUGCUUUGGUGGUUUAGCUGAGAGAUGCAUUGCUGAAGUUCGUGAUGUUUGGAAAAUACCUUCUUCAAUACGAUCUAUUGAUGCAGUUUGUUUAUUAGAAUAUUAUAUGACUGCAUUAAUUGGUUUGGAGCAAUGUGCAUCAAUUGAUGAAGAGGAUAUGGUCUUAAUUAAUGUUGGUAUUGGUGGUAUUGGUUUGGCAGCAGUAGAUAUCGCUGCGAAUGUUUACAAAGCUAAGGUAAUUGGAGUUGGUUUUUCUGAAGAUAAAGCUCAUAAAAUUAGAGAAAGGGGAGCUUUUCAUGCUUUUAGUUAUAAAGAGAAAAAGUUACUUAAAGAGAUUGAAGAAAUUGCAGGAGAUCGUGAUAUCAAGGAUAUCUUUGAGGGAGAUAGUGGAAAACAUUUUAAGAAAGUACUUGAUGGUUUUAUGAAUAUUUACAAAUCAAGAACUCCAUCCAAACAUCUAUUAAGGGAUGACAACUUUGGAGUAGUGGUUCAACAUCUGGCUCGUGAUGGCAAAAUUAUCAUUGCUGGUACUGGUCAUACAAGUUCUGAUAAUGAAGGAAAGGGUGAUGAUAGAUUUACAGUAACUGGUAUCAGCUUAAAGGAUUACAGAAAACGAAAAUAUGAGCUCUAUAGACAAACUGGGGAAGACGUAAUUUCAUUCUUUGAGGAAGGGCUUAUCAAGCCAGUCCCUUCUAUGAUUGCUGGUUUCUACCACAUUAAUGAUGCUGUCAAAUUUAUUUCUGAAAUGAAACAUUGUGGAAAGGUUAUUAUUGAUAUAAAGCAAAAGGACAAGGAAGCAAAGGCUCAAUAAGAAAUUGAUUGAACAGGAAAUAACAGGUUUAUUUUCAGUAAUCAUCUUCAAGGCGCACAUUAAUUAUAAAAGAGAAUUUCAGAAAUAAGACUGCUAUAGAUUAUGACAUUUUUAAAAAGUUUCAUCCUAGUCCCAGUGAGAUAAUUUGUAAAUAGUAUUAGUUAACAUUUCAGAAUAAAAAGUUUUUUGUAAAUACGAUUAUUUCUACCGAAUUC